GUUGUGAGUGAAGGACGGAGCGCAGCUUCCACUCGAUCGUGCGGAGAACACUUCAGCAACUUGCAACAAGAAGCCACAAUCAAAAUGUCUCAUCAAACAGGAAUAAAAGCUUCUGACGAACUGAAGGACGCUUUUGCAAAUGCUAAGAAUGCGAAUAACAACUACAGAUUGAUCAAAGUCUGCAUCGAUUUGGGGAUUGAAAAAUUGGUUCCAAAGGACCACUGUGAAGCAUCUGGAACAUGGGAAGAAGAUUAUGGCAUGAUACUGCCAUUGCUGGGAGACAAGGACCCUUGCUAUUUAUUCUACCGUCUCGACGAAAAGGACGCACAAAAUCACUACAAGUGGAUUUUCAUGCGGUUCUCUCCGGACCAUGCACAGGUGAAACACAAAAUGGUAUAUGCUGCGACCAACACGACAGUCAAGACAAUAUUUGGUACCAGUCAGAUCAAGGAUGAAUUACUUGCAACAUCAAAGACAGAGAUGACGUUCGAUGGUUACAUGCGUCACCGGGAGCAUGAGGAAGCCCCGGCGCCCUUGACCGCCAGCGAGGAGGAACAGAGACUGAUGAGAGAGGAGGAAGGGCCCACGGACAUCGGCAGCAGCACCAAGCAGAGCCACCUGGGUGGGAUCGCAUUCCCAAUACGCAGCGAGGCUAAAGAUAAGCUGCUGGGUUUGAAGAACGGGGACUACACGUACGUCAGGCUGUGUGUGGAUACUACCAAUGAAGAAAUCCUUUUAGAUGACGCAGACAGUAUUGGUACCAACGCACUCCCUGGGAAGAUUUCAUCGGAGAAAGCCGGCUAUCAUGUGUUUACUUUCAAGCACACACACGAGGGCGAUUAUCAAGAAAGUCCAGUGUUUAUAUAUUCAAUGCCCGGCUAUAAAUGUCCCGUCAAGGCGCGUAUGCUGUACACGAGUUGCCUCGGACCGCUCAUGGGGCAGUUAGCAGAGGAGUUUGAUAUUCAAUGUGUCAAAAGGAUCGAAAUCAACUCCGGAGACGUCUUGACAGAAUCCUUCCUGAUGGAUGAAGUCCACCCUGUCCGUAACCUGCACCGGCCGGCAUUUGCCAAGCCAAAGGGUCCAUCAGGCAAGCGUGGACAACGGCGGUUGUUAAAAGAUGACGACCAGUAAAAAAAAAAAAUUCCUUCAAGAUUGAAGGCCUUUUAUAACAUUUGCAAGUAUUUGGAAAACAAUUUAUUGAAUCAGUUACAACGAACCUUCUUGAUGGAAAGAGAGUAGCGGCAACUUAACCCAGAGUUGCUAUUGAGUCAAUCGCAAGCCUGUCACAACCACUGAUCUCUAUAUAGAGACUGAAUUGCAUAUGCCCAUAUGCCGUACAUUACUUACUUUCGCUUUUUGACCAGUUCGCCCCAGUCUUCCAAGAAUGGCCGCCGAUAUACGAACGUUCUACGCUUACAUACAACACGCGUUGUAUCAAGAUUUGACACGCAUUUUGUUCAUAUACGCGUAUUAUGAUGUUCUAAAAAUGGACAAGAGUCUGUGUUGAUUUCCAAACAUCGCAAAAAGUUGACUGCAGCUUUCAAAAAGUGAACCACGAUACUUGAAAACUGUGAACCUGAAAAACUGUAAACCAGGUGAACCAUGAUGUUACAAAAUUGAAUCACAGCUGCCUAAGACGUCAACUUGUCCUUUAUAGAACACCAACCGGUCUCUCCAAUGUGGCUUCAAAUGGCUUUCUACAGUUCUCUGUACGCUAUCCAGUCUUUGUAUAGAGAUCAGUGGUCACAACUCCAUCACUAGUUUAGUUAGAAGGCAGUCACAAGUCAAUCACAAGUCAACAACAAGUUAGUAACAAACCAGUCACUAAACGGUUCCAAGUCAGUCAGUCGGUCAACAAGGGGUUGACAAAUGACAAAAAGUGUUUUUGCCAUAUUUCAUUUGAAUACUUUGUCACUGGACUUGAGACUGGAUUUAUUUUUGAUGACUCUGUGAUGACUUGUGAUUACUUUAUGACCUCUGCACCAAUCAUGGGUUGAAUGUUGAAAGAAUUCCAUUGUCCACAAUCUCCCUCAGUCCAUGAUCCAGUUUGAUUGUUUUAAGAACUUGUCAUCAAAUGUUAUCAUUGGCCUAUUAAUUUGAUUCAAAUAUUCCAAUUUGGUGGGUUUUUUAAAAAAUUGUCAACAUUUUGGCUUCCAAGAUAUUGUUGGGUUUUAUAGUUCUUGAUGCCUAUGGGGCUCCCUUACUGACCUGCGUGACCCGGCCUACAUCCAGGUACCGGAAAGUCAGCGUCGCCAUUGUAGUAGGCAAAGAUCGUAUAGCACCGUGUGCAGUAGGUAGUAGGCAGGCCUUCAAUGCUGUGAUUGAUGGCAAAAACUGUGAGAAAAACGUGCUGCCAACACCGUUUGCUGGUCGUCACGAUUAUGACAACCGUACACGGCAGGAAGUGACCAUUAUGCCAUUUUACACAGAAUUCACGGUGAUUUAUGUGAAAAAAAGCCCUACUGUCUAGUUUACAAUGCACGUGGUGGCUAACCAAACGCUUGCCUACUGCAAUGUUGGCCAAUCACGGAUGGUCACAUGGUAAAAUGACGUCAUAUGAUCUGAACCUAUUUGUACCUGCUCAAAGAUAAAAUUGAUGGUUUAGUUAAAGUUUUAGUUGAGAGACAUCAAAUUUACAAUUACAUUGAGCAGUUACACUUCAUAUGACUAUUCAUGAAUGGUCGAUUUUUUUAACUCAUCGUACAUGUACAUUUGGGCAUUGGUAAAUUAGUUCAUGUCAACAUAAUUUGACAAUGGUUGUCACAAAAUACAGUUGCUUGUGUGUGCAGAUAUUCCUUACUUAAUCUAUGAGUCACUUGGAUUUACUUAAAUGUUAAAAUUGAUUGCGCGUAUAGACAAAUCCAGGCAUGUGAUCACCGUGAGGCCCCCAUCAAUGGAGAAUCCAUUGUACGCGCUAUUGCACAAAGCAACUGUUCCGUGACGGAUAAUCUGAACAAUAGCUAGCACAAUGCUUACGCCAUUGAAGGGGGCCUUCAUGAUAGAAUUGAUAGCGUUUCUUGGAUUAGUCUGUACUGAAGUAUAGAGAAGCUGUAGCUGAGUGAAAAGGAGAAUUUGGUAUUUGGUUUUCAAUAUUGAAUCUCCUUCCAUUUUUGUUUGAAGACAAUUUUCAGCUCAUUGUGGAGAAGGUAGGGAAGGAUUUAAUAAUCAUUAGCAUGAUUUAAUUGGUGUGAGGCAGAAUCAUUCCUUGUUCAAACUGUGAGUGGGAACGUACAAUUAUCAAAUCAAUGCUUUUGGCACUGAAUUGAUUUAUAUUAGAAUGGAUCAAGGUCUUUGUAAAUGAUUUGCAAAAAAUAUAUAUUUUUGCAGUUUUAAUCUAGCAAGUUAAAAAAUUGAAAGAAGUAAGGCAAUUAAAAAUUAGUUGGUCUCUGGUCAGACCAAAGUUCCAGAAUUAAUGCAGCGAUGCUGGGGUUUUUUUUCCCUAAGCUUGAAAUGUGCAGACAAGGUUGGUACUGUUUUGCUUUUUUGUGUCCUCAUAUACCUUGGUGUCCUCCAUCAUUUGCCUUGGUGCCCUCCAUCAUUUGGAGUCGAGCUGCCCACGAAAAUUUGA